AAGGAACGGGUCAAGAUGCCUAAUUUUGCUGGAACCUGGAAGAUGAAGAGCAGUGAAAAUUUUGAAGAACUCCUCAAAGCGCUCGGGGUGAACGCUAUGCUGAGGAAGGUGGCCUGUGCUGCAGCCUCUAAACCCCACGUGGAGAUCCGCCAGAACGGCGAACAGUUCUACAUCAAAACCUCCACCACUGUGAGGACCACAGAAAUUAACUUCCAGAUAGGACAAGAGUUCAAUGAGGAGACCGUAGAUGGGCGCAAGUGCAAGAGCCUGGUCACAUGGGAGACAGAGAACAAGAUGACCUGUAGGCAAACCCUUCAGGAUGGUAACGGCCCUAAGACAUACUGGACACGAGAGCUGAGAGGGAACGAACUCAUUCUGACCUUUGGGGCCGAUGAUGUGGUGUGCACACGGAUUUAUGUACGGGAAUAAGCACUGGAUGGAGGGAUAUUCCAGCACUUGCAGCUUUGGAGGAAUAACAUUCUGUUUGGGAUUAACUUGCACUGUUGUGUGUUAGUUGAUACUUUCUUCUGUUCUGACUUUAUCACCAUUUAUGUUUAUUCAAUUUAAUCAUUAGAUUCAUUUUUAUAAUGUUUUUAAUGUACAGUGUUAGUCAGGCCUGGCUCAAGCUCUAAGAUGAUUUAAGGUGGGCCGCAGGACUCUCAGGGUGGGCUGGACAGUUGAGGAAUUGAGCAGGCCUGGUGUUAGUUAUAUUCAUGGUUAUAUCCGACAAACACUCUUAGAACACUUGUAAUGGUUUACUGCA